CCCCACUCCGCCACACCACAACAGUUGUCUCGUCGCACAUACACACGCACUACGAAAUUCGUCGUACGUACAGGUUAUAGCCUAGUUAAAGAUUAGGGGUUCGUAUUUGGUUCAUUGUUUUCCUUCAAGUGGAAUUUCACAACCUGCUGUCAUGUCGGACUGGGAUACUGUCACUAUUCUUAAAAAGAGACCUCAGAAAGCCUCAGCUGCGAAAAGUGAACAGGCUGUGAAUGCUGCUCGUCGACAGGGUGUGGCAGUCGAUACCCAACAAAAAUGGGGAGGUGGUCAAAAUAAGCACACUGUUACAACAAAAAAUACAGCAAAACUUGACAGAGAGACAGAAGAGUUGAAGCAUGAUAAAGUUCCACUGGAUAUCGGGAAGCUCAUCAUGCAGGGGCGACAGUCCAAGGGCUGGAGCCAGAAAGACCUGGCUACUAAAGUUUGCGAGAAGCCUCAAAUUGUAAAUGAUUACGAAGCUGGGCGAGGUAUUCCUAACCAGGUUGUUUUGGGAAAGAUCGAAAGAGCCAUUGGUAUAAAAUUGCGUGGAAAGGACCUGGGCCAACCCCUCCCGCCCCCUGGGACCAAGAAGUAACUGUCCCUGGGGGCUUAGAAGAAGCUUCACCGUCCUGCUACACCCUUUGUGCAUGGACUGAUUGUCACUUUGUUUUGACAAGUUUGCAGUUUGAGGUGUCAAGCAUAAUUCAACUUUUUAAUACUUUUUUUUGAAUUAACAAGAUCUCUACUGGCAUUUUUGAUGGCAAGAUAAAGUUGAAUCAUAGGGACCAUUAUUGUUGAAUUGCACUGUUUCUGUUAAAAUUGCAAGUCAUUUGGUCUCAUCAAGCCUGUAAUAUUUUGUUGUCAUUAAAUGUAGCACCACAAUGUGCAUGAAUUGUUCCACAUUGAAAAAUAAGAAAUUUCCUUUAAACAAUA